AUGGAUAGGAGUACAUUUCUUAAGGUAUAUUUUCCAAAUGGUUCUUUUCAUGGUCUUCGUUAUACAUCAUCGACAACUGUUGCUGAACUUAUUCGAAUUGUAUUAAAAGGCCGUCUUUCAUCUAGUGAAUUGUUUUACCGUUUAUCAUUUGCACUUCGUGUAACAUAUGUUGGUAAAGAACAAGAAAUAGCAAAUCUACGUAUAACAUCUUCAUUAGAUAAAACAAAUGUGACAGAUAAAUGGCUUCAUCCAAAUAUGACCAUGGAUAAAGUACAACGAAUUUAUGGAUCUAUUGAAGAAUUAAAAUUUGAACUUCGUCUGCGAUAUUUUCCAGAAUCAAUUAAUGCUCUAUCACAUGACAAAGCAACAUUUGGAUAUUUUUAUGAACAACUUCGUAUUGAUUAUAUGCGUUUAAAAUCUGAACAUGUACCAGUGAAUGAUGCUAUUGAAUUAGGUUCACUUGAAAUUCGUAAACUUUUCAAAGAUCUUAAUCCAACAGCAUUAGAUAAAAAAGUAAAUGUUGAUUAUUUGGAAAAAGAACUUGGCUUAAAAAGAUUUUUUCCACAAUCUGUUAUUGAUUCUCAUAAACCAAAAUUUCUUCGAAAGUCUAUUAAAGCAUGUUUAAAAAAAUAUGAAGGUUUAGCAGAAGAAGAAUGUGUCAAACGUUUUUGCUCUUUACUCAAAGAUACUUGGAAUUGGGAACAAGAAAUAUUUACAUGCAAUCUUGGUGCUGAAUGGGCAGUUCCAAUCAGUCUUGUUCUUGGUCCAUCAGAUGGUAUCAGCUAUCGAACUCAAAAUUCCACUAAGUUAACUAAAAUGGCUUCUUUUGAAAAUGUUCUUUCAAUAGCAACGACAAAAACAAAUUCAGAUGAACGUGGCUUACUUAAAUUAACUAUUGCUGGGUCAUCAGAGACUUUAACAAUUAGUUUUUCAUCUCUUUCUGAUGCUAAUGAAGUUGCUAUUCUUAUUGAUGGCUAUUGUAUGCUUGUUAAUCGAAGUACACAUACACUUUGGCGAUCGAUGAUUGACGAUCAAUAUUCAUCAGCUUCAUCACCGCCUCCUUUUCUUGCUCCUCAUCCAUCCGAUACCACAUCAUCACAAGUUGAUGAUGAUGAUGAUGAUUCAAAUGGAGAUUAUGCUGAUGUAUUAUCAUCAGAUUAUCAAAUUGAUCGUAAACAAAUACAUAUGAUUGAGUCACUUGGGAAUGGUCAAUUCGGUGAAGUUUAUCGUGGAAUACUGAAAACUGAUCAACAAUUAGAAAUAAAUAUUGCGAUAAAAACAUGUAAAAUGCAAGAUACAGCAAUGACAGAAACAUUUUUAGAAGAAGCGUAUGUGAUGCAAAAAUUUGAUCAUCCACAUAUUAUAAAACUUAUUGGUGUUUGUACUGAACAACCUGUUUUACUUAUUAUGGAAUUAGCAAGACUAGGCGAACUUCGAGCUUAUUUAGUUGCGAAUCGUUCUGAUUUUGAUGUGAUAACAUUAGUACUGUAUUGUGAACAAUUAUCGUCCGCACUUGCAUAUCUUGAAUCAAAGAAAUUUGUUCACCGUGAUAUUGCUGCAAGAAAUGUUCUUGUAUCGAAUCAUGAGUCAGUUAAAUUAGCUGAUUUUGGUCUUUCAAGACAAUUAAAAGUUGAUGAUUCCUAUUAUAAAGCAUCCAAAGGUAAAUUACCAAUAAAGUGGAUGGCACCUGAAUCGAUAAAUUUUCGUCGUUUUACUCAUUUAUCUGAUGUAUGGAUGUUUGCUGUUUGUAUGUGGGAAAUUUUAACAAUGGGUAAAAAACCAUUUCAAGGUGUUGCUAAUACAGAUGUUAUUGAUCAAAUUGAAAAUGGUAUUCGAUUACCAUUACCCGGUGCUUAUUGUCCAAAACGUUUAUUUGAUUUAUUACAAGAAUGCUGGUCAUAUGAACCAACAAAUCGACCAUCAUUUCUUCAAAUUGAAUCAUAUUUAAAAUCUAUAUUAAAUGAAGAACGAUUAAAUAGUAAUUCACAUAUUCAUUUUAAAGACCGAAUGUAUUCCAAUGAACAAAUAGCAUUAAAAUCUAAAUCGAAUACGUCAUUAACAGUUUCUUCGUCAAUCUUAUUAUCACUAAACGAUGAUAAUGUACCACCUAAACCAGCUUUACCCAAUAAAAAUGAAUUUACAGGCAGCAGAUUACCAAUCAGUAAUAACAAGAUAACUACGGGACGAAGUGAAUCUAGUCACAAUCUUCAAUAUCGCAGUUCGACUGGAAAUACACUUUCAUUUUAUGAUAAUAAAGAUUUUCCAGAUUUUAAAACAACGAAGUCUAAAGAACAAUGUCCAAUGUCACAAUCAGUAUUAAUUGAUUUAUUUCAAUCACAAACGAAACAAAUUGUUAGUGCGGUAUUGAUACUAACACGUCAAAAUGAAGCGGAUAUUAAUAAUGGUCUAUCAUCGAAAUAUAAUCGUUCAUUAUCACCAACAAAUGAUAAAGAACAAAUACAAUUAGUUAAAAAUAUUGCUAUUGCUGUUCGUGAUCUUUUACAAACACUUGAUUAUGCACCAACAUCAAUUAAAGAAAUGUCCGAACAGCGGUAUAAUCACUUUUCAACUUUAGUUGUUUCAUUAAUUGAAACUGCUCGACAACGAAAUUAUAAUAAAAUGAAUGAACAUGCUGUUAAUAUCGCUCGUACAGCAAAAGCAUUAUUUGAUGAUAUUCUUAAAUUGAGCUGA